UCCAGGUCGAAUCACUUCUCCAGCCACAUACUGGACCCUGGGAGAGGGGACACCUGUGACCCUACCUGGAGCCCUGCAGGCAGAGGGUGGCACCGGGAUGAUCAGCUCCACAGCUCCUGUGCCCCUCCACCCUGAGAAGACCCUGCAGAAGCAGUGGCUGGAAGCGCUGGGAGCCACCUACCAUAUGGUGCUGACUUUCAUCUUUAUGGGUCCUUUCUUCUUCGUGGUUCUCUUCCUCCUCCUCUUCACACGGCUCUGGCCUCUGUCUGUUCUCUACAUGAUGUGGAUCUACCUGGAUAGGCACACACCCAGCCAAGGGGGAAGGUGAUUUGUGUGGCCAGUGACCUGGGCCAUCUGGAAACACCAAAUGGAUUACUUUCCUAUCAAGCUGGUGAAGACAGCAGAGCUGCCCCCCAGCCAGAACUACGUGCUGGGGGCCUACCCCCACAGGGUCAUGUGCACCGGAGCCUUCUGUAACUUCACCACCGACUGCAAUGACUUCUCCCAGCGCUUCCCAGGGCUGCAGCCCUGGCUAGCCACACUGGCCGGCCUCUUCUACCUUCCAGUCUUCCGAGACUACGUCAUGGCUGGUGGACUGCGUCCCGUGAGCCGGCACAGCCUGGACUUUGUGCUGUCUCAGCCCCAGCGGGGCCAGGCGGUGGUCAUUGUCAUCGGGGGUGCCCAGGAGUCACUGUACUCGGCCCCAGGGCGGAACUGCCUCGAACUCAAAAGACACAAAGGCUUCGUGCGCCUGGCACUGAGGCACGGGGCCUCCCUGGUGCCUGUGUACUCCUUUGGGGUGAACGACACCUUCAAAGGUAUGAAUUUCUCCAAAGGCUCCUGGCAGUACCUGUGCCAGGUCACCUGCAAGAGGGUCACCAGCAUAGCUCCCUGCAUCUUCUGGGGCCGUGGUCUCUUCUCGCCCAACUCCUGUGGUCUGCUUCCCCUGCCCGUGCCCAUCACCACCGUGGUGGGCGGCCCCAUCCCCGUGCCCCAGUGCAGCAGCCCCAGCCAGGAGCAAGUUGACCACUACCACAGGCUCUACAUGGACGCCCUGGAGCGGCUGUUUGAGGAGCACAAGGAGAGCUGCGGGGUCCCUGCCUCCACCCACCUCACUUUCUUGUAGGCUUGGUUCAGCCUCCCUGCUGAACCCCUGAGCCCCAUGCACUGAGACCCCCAGCUCCUGCCUUGACCUCCCUUCCAAUAAAGGCUGGUUCUGGAGGGGAGCGCGGCCAGGCACAGCCACCCUGUCCUGUCUGCUGCAGAGGGGCCGCCUGGGUUUGGUCUCAGCACCCUGCAUUCUCCUGCCAGGAGAGCUGACUGUGCCCCAGGACCUGGGAGACGUCUCCCCCUCCCGGGCCCCUGCUCCCCCUGUGAAGCAAGGCUGCCGCUUAGUUCAGAGCUGGCAGAAUCAGGACAGGGUUGGGAGGAGACCCCGGAGGGGCAGGGAGUGGGCAGCUGGGGCAGAGCUGAGCUGGUCAGGGCCCAGCAGGUGCAGGGAUGGGAGGACCCAGGGCAAGAGCAGAGAGAGCUGAGCACAGAGCUGCCCCUGGGCUCCCCAGCCUUUAGUGUCCUUGGAGCUGGGAGAGCAGCCGAGGCCAGGCUGUGUUUCAGCAGCAUCCAGAGCCAGUGCCACCAGCAGGAGGCUCAGCCCCACAGGCCGAGGUGAAGAUGCAACGGAUGAAGACGUGAAGGCUUAGGACAGAGAAGGGCUCAGGGUGAGGGCCCGGGGAGGCUCCUACCCAUCUUCUCAUCAUCGGUGUCCCCGUCAUCCCUGCUGGUGCUCGGGGAGACGAGGGCUGAGACCAAGGUCCCAGUCUGCAUCAGCUUUGGUCUCUGUAAGCAAACACCUGGCUCUGGCCGUUUGUGAAGAGAUCGUGUUGGAGUUCAAGUUCAUGGUUCCUGUAUGACCUCAGGUGUGGUCACCACUGCAUGGAGAGUGGUGGAUUAAAGUUACAUCAGAUCCUGGUCACACCAGCUCCUGCUAAUGGCCUGGGAAAGCAGCAGGAGACGGUCCAAGGGUUUGGGCCUCUGCACCCACGUGGGAGACCCUGGUAAAAUUCCUGGCUGGUGGCUUUGGCUGGCCCAGCCCUGGCUGAUGUGGUCAUUUGUGGAGUGAACCAGGAGAUGGAAGAUCUCUCUCUCUCUUUCUCUCUGUAACCCUGACCUUUAAAAUAAAUAAAUGAGGGGCUGGCGCUGUGGCACUUUAGGUUAAUCCUCCACCUGUGGUACCAGCAUCCCAUAUGGGCACCGGUUCUAGUCCCGGCUGCUCCUCUUCCAAUGCAGCUCUCUGCUAUGGCCUGGGAAAGCAAUAGAAGAUGUCCCAAUUCCUUGGGCCCCUGUACCUACAUGGGAGACCGGAACGAAGCAUCUAGCUCCUGGCUUUGGAUCGGCGCAACUCCAGCCAUUUCGGCCAUCUGGGAAGUGAACCAAUGGAAGA